AGAUUUAUUUAUUUACUUAUGAGUUGGUUGUUAAAGUUUUUCAAUAUUAAAAAACUAGAAAAUUAUGCUUGGUACAUUAUUAUUUACGUACUUAUUGAGUAUUUCAAGCGAUAAUAUUCUAGUCGUUGAAGCUGGAAUCGAGUGUCCUAAAGGAUGUCCAGAUGAUUACAAUCCAAUUUGUGCGCAUGGAAUUUCGUAUAAAAAUAAAUGUGUGCUGUUACAGCAGAUUUGUAAUAAAAAAUUGAAUGAGCAAGUACUUUCUGAAACCGAACCAUGUCCGUCAUACGACAUUAGAGCAGAAGCUAAAGACAAAUCCGUAGAAGCGAUUGACAAAAAUGGCGUGAUAUUUAGAUCGGACUUCGCGAUUAAAAAUGAAGACUCUGGAGAAUCAACUUCAGUUGAAUACUUAUGAAUUAUUUUUACUGUAAUUUAAUUUAUUUACAUAUUUAAUUAAUACAGUGGCUGAAUUAUAAGUGUUAAUGUUAAACAAUUAAACGUUUAAUCUUGGUUUUCUUAUUUUUAACCAAUUGGUAGGAUAGUUAUAAUUUUAAUUACAAUUUCUAAGCAUACAUUAAUAAACUAUGGUAACGAUAACUUUACAAAAAUGCGCUUUUUAUUUAAAUCUAAAGAAAAAAUCAGCUUAUUUUAGGAAUGAUUAUUA